AAAUGAGGCAAUUUCAAGACAAAUGGAGUAAGUCAUUAAUUUCACAGUUAAAGAAAGAGCUGUUUGUCCAGUAUGCCAAGAAGUCAUUGCUGUAAUGAAGGAGUACAUGGUGAGACAAGAUUAUGAAACAAAACAUGCAUCGUCAUACUCCAAAUCGCACAAAACAGAGAAAGUCAGCAAACUAAACAAGAAGUUAUGUGCCCAACAAGCUUACAAGAGGUCCUUGCAGGAAAAUGUCAUCCGUGUGAGUUACAGCAUUGCAGAGUUAAUUUGCAAGAGCGGUAAACCGUUCGCCACUGGUGAAUUUGCUGAAAAUUUAUGCCCAGCAAGAAAGAUCUGUUUUCUAACAUCAGCCUUUCAAGAAACACAAUAACUUGUCGCAUUGAAGACAGGUCCUGGGACAUUUCUCAACAGGUCAACUUCUGAAAUUUAAAGGGCAUCACCCCAGCGUGUCAGGUGGACAAGCUGGCGAUGUCAAGGGUGCCGACCCCUCCCCCACCUGGAGAGAUGUCCAGUGGGCCUGUGGCUGAAAGCUGGUGUUACACACAGGUGAAAGUAGUCAAAUUUUCUUAUAUGUGGACUAUAAACAACUUCAGCUUUUGUCGGGAGGAGAUGGGGGAGGUUCUAAAGAGUUCAACAUUUUCUUCUGGGCCUAAUGAUAAAAUGAAAUGGUGCCUGAGAGUAAACCCAAAGGGAUUGGAUGAUGAGAGCAAAGACUAUUUAUCAUUAUAUUUAUUGCUAGUUAGUUGUCCAAAAAGUGAAGUAAGAGCAAAGUUUAAGUUCUCUUUGCUGAAUGCCAAGAGAGAAGAAACAAAAGCUAUGGAAAGCCAAAGAGCAUAUCGAUUUGUGCAGGGCAAAGACUGGGGGUUCAAAAAAUUUAUUAGAAGAGAUUUUCUGCUUGAUGAAACAAAUGGCCUUUUACCAGAUGACAAGCUUACGUUGUUUUGUGAGGUAAGCGUAGUCCAAGACUCUGUUAAUAUUUCUGGCCAGUCAAAUAUGAACAUGUUAAAGGUUCCAGAGUGUCGGUUAUCAGAUGAUUUAGGGAAUCUUUGGGAAGGUUCACGAUUUACAGACUGCAGCCUUUAUGUAGGAGGACAGGAGUUCAAAGCACACAAAUCCAUUUUAGCAGCUCGAUCUCCUGUUUUUAAUGCAAUGUUUGAACACGAAAUGGAAGAAAGUAAAAAGAACCGUGUAGACAUAAAUGACAUUGACCCUGAUGUGUUUAAGGAGAUGAUGAGAUUCAUUUACACAGGGAUGGCACCAAAUCUUGAGAAAAUGGCUCACAACUUGUUGGCUGCUGCAGAUAAAUAUGCAUUGGAACGUCUGAAGGUUAUGUGUGAAGAAGCUUUGUGUAGCAACCUCUCAGUUGAAAAUGUUGCAGAUGUCCUCAUACUAGCCGAUCUACAUAGUGCAGAACAGCUCAAAGCACAAGCAAUAGACUUCAUCAAUAGGUGUAGUGUCCUUAGACAGCUUGGCUGCAAAGAUGGAAAAAACUGGAAUAGCAACCAUGCAACAGACAUAAUGGAAACUGCAGGCUGGAAAUCGAUGAUCCACUCCCAUCCUCAUUUAGUAGCAGAAGCCUUUCGAGCACUAGCAUCUGCACAGUGUCCACCUUUUGGCAUUCCACGCAAGCGGCUAAAACCAUCCUAACUGCUAAAAACAGCAUUAGAGACUAUUAAAUAUUUGACUUUGAAAGGUCUAAGGUAUGUUUCUGGCCUCAUGAACUGCCUGGAAAAGAUGAGCAUUUUCUGGUCAGUUGCAGUAAUCUUUGUACUUGGAACACGGGUUCGACUUCACUUCAACCGAUGGAUCAGUUCAGUUUUGGUCUUCAGCUUUAAAUUAGUUUACAUACAAUGUUUGCCAUCAUUUUAUAUGGCCUUAAGCAAUCUGCUAUUGCUCCAAGAGGUUCUAUUGUUUAUAUCUAACUGUGUGUGCCUGCCGCCUUUUCACUGAGACAAGGCUUUGCCAGAUUGCUCUAGCUGUCAUAAUGCAGUACAUUUAUAAAGUUGUACUUUAAAAAAGCUUUUUUUUUUCUUUUUUGUUUUUUGUCUGUUUUUUCCUCUUACCUUACAUGUUUUUCUACAGCUAUUAUUCAUACAGGCGUGAAAGGGGCUUUUAUUAGUUUAUUUUUACAGUGGCUUAUCAGAUUGAUGUGGCAUAUAUAAUAUUGAAUUAUCAUCAAAAGAUCAGCAUAGGUCCUCUUUCUUCAACAUGUCAUUUGCUCAGUUGGAAUUCAGUUGAAAUAAAGGUACCUGUUAUUUCUCUUUAAAAGGUAUGGAGUGGUGUUGGAACAUUGUUGCCAAUGUGAAUCAUUGUGUUGUCUUCAUGCAGUCCUUCGGGAUUGUAUAUACAUCUGCCAGACCAAGAUUGAGGCACAUUAAUCUGGUCCCUGUAUAAUGAAAUGGGGCUGGUGUGUAAAAUAGCACAGACUUCAGUUUGUCUGACAGGCCAGAUCUGAGACUAUUCUAUGAACCUGUGAAUGUAUCUUGCUGUGUCUGGCAAACGAUUUAAUACAAGACCAGAAAGACCAUGUAGAACUGGAAAUGUAUGGACUGCUGUAAUAACCUGGUAGUGGUAUACAGUUGUUUUUUUUUUUUUGUUUGUUUUGUUUUGUUUUUUGUUUUUUAAUUCAUCCUCUGUCUUGUGUCCAUUUGUAAGAUAACAACUUUUGUUUAAUGGAAGUUAGCCAAAUCGGUGACUGUGUUUGAACAGUUUGCUUUCAGAUGUGUUUUUAGUUUAUUAAGACACUGAAAAUAUAAAAAAAUAACUUGCAUUAUGGGAAUUAUCUUAAUUCUGGUUAGUACGUCCCAGGUAAGCCAGUGGUUUAAAAUGUAGGUUUGUUUACCUUAUGUACGUUAAGUUUGUUUAAUACUCAGUCAUGCUUUUUACAUAUUUUUGUUGCUUUCUUAUCAAGAUAAAAUGCAGGCCCAGUUAUUACUAGUGAACUUAUUUAACCUUGACCAAUAUACUAUGUGGCCGGAUUCAAUAUGGUCUAGAAGCUACACAUUUAUCAAUGACAAAACUGAUAUAAAGUUAUGUAGUAAAAGGCAUGUAACAUCUCAAUCUAUGGAUUUUUAUUUUCUUCCAGGACUAGGAACAGUGUUUUUUUUUGUUUGUCACACAUUGUAUAUUAUGUUAUUCAUUUAAGUGACUGGCUCCGAGUGUGACAUUCUGUAUGCCCUUUACCCCAGUAAAGAAUAAAAAGCUGUAGCCCAAUUACCUGGAUUUGUAUGGGCGCAAGAGCUUAUUUAUUUAUUUUUUUGUUUUGUUUAGCCAUAGUGCCAGAAUUGCUACAAAUCUUUAGGAUGCUGAGCAUCUGUUUCCUGGUGGUAGUAAAAAAUACAGCUGUGGGUUUACUUUAUAUUAAGCAAUUUUUCUUGGGUAACACAGAAUGGAGUUUAACCCCAGUAUAAGUUAUAGUUUAUUAAAGGUAAAUUUUAAAAUACUACUGUUUCAUAAAAGGCUUAAUUACACACAUACUGGUAUAAAAAAGUAUUCAAAUUAAACAUGUACACAUAAUUUAACUGAAACCCAACUGGUAAAGACACAUUUUAGAAAGUCUUAUUGAUGUGAAAACUGAUUUUAUUGAAUAUUGGAGCUAUAUGAAUGUAAUCUUAAAGGGUACAUAAGGACCUUUUUAUUUUAUUGUGUUACAUGUUCCCAUGUGUUGCUACAAACUGUU